GCGAUCCUCGUUCCCCGAAGGAGAAAGAAGAUAAAGAUAGAGGUGACGAAGAGAUGAUCAAGGUCUACGACGGCAACAACUCCCUCAGACGACGGAUAUUUCGCGUGAUCUCGGUGCCACGGCAAGCAACCACGGAACAGGUCCUGACCGCGGCGCUUCAUGCAUUUCAUAUUACGAAAGAUCCUAGCAACUUUUACCUCACCGACCUGUAUGCCACGGAUGAGACCGAAUUAUGCGAUCCUACGCCGGUUCUAAACUUGAGUCGCAAAGAGGGCAAACGUCCGGCUGUCUUCUUACGAUUUAAGGAUAGCGAGACUGGCGAAGUGCGUGUCUAUCCAGGCAAGCUACAGGUAUCAGACUCAUUCUGCAUAGUACCUGUCGCCGAAACCACCACGGUUGCGGACUUAAUCGAAGAAGCGCUUCAGAAGUUCGGUUUAGAGAAUUUCAAAUCGGAGGAUUACAGAUGUAGCGAGAUCCUUCUGGAUCGAGGUGUCACCGAAAAAGUUCUGACCCGUGAGGAGAAGCCAUGGGAGAUUGUGAAGCAACUGGGCAAAGAUUCGAUCAGGCAGAUGGAGUUGAUGCGAUUUUAUCUGCAGCUAAAGCAAGAUCCUCAUGGACCUAAUUUAGCUUUAUUUGUGGGAAACCUACCAGUGAAUCAACCCGAAAGAAUCUACGAGAAUAUAUUGACUGAACUCUUAGGCAAAGAAAACAAAUUCUCCUCAAUCGGUACAAUAUAUUACGAGUACGGCUCGAUGGUAAUUAUCUACGAGGAUGCAAAUAAGGCAGUUAGGGCGUUGUACACCUUACAGGAAUCAAAAUACGAGGAUAAACAUCUUUUAGUCAUGCCGCUGCCGAGUAUCGAACCGACCAUGGUUCCAUCAGACGUGCAACCUUUGCUAGUUUUCGUCAACGUGAAAUCGGGGGGCUGCCAGGGGCUUCAGUUAAUCUCCAGUUUUCGUAAACUUUUGAAUCCGUAUCAAGUGUUCGAUCUGGACAAUGGCGGACCACUUCCUGGACUCUACGUUUUCCGUCACAUAAGGGACUACAAAAUCUUGGUUUGUGGCGGGGAUGGAACAAUAGGAUGGGUGCUGCAGUGUUUAGACAAUGUCGGUCAGGACAGCGAGUGUUCCUCGCCUGCCUGCGCCAUUGUUCCACUUGGUACCGGAAACGAUCUCGCGCGUGUGCUUUGCUGGGGUUCCGGUUACACCGGCGACGAAGAUCCCUUGAAUCUGCUACGAGAUGUGAUCGACGCGGAGGAGUCACAGCUGGACAGGUGGACAGUCGUUUUUCAUACAGAGGAGAAGGAAGACAAGCAGUUGAGCAACAACCCAGGAGGGGCCGGCGCGACCAACGAAGACAACACACAAAUAUACGUAAUGAACAACUACUUCGGAAUCGGUGUCGAUGCCGAGCUGUGUUUGGCCUUCCACAAAGCCAGGGAAGAAAAUCCGGAUAAAUUCAGAAGCAGAUUUCGCAACAAGGGAAUGUACGUGACGAUGGCUCUACGGCAGAUGGUAAAAAAAACAGCUUGCAAAGAUUUACACACGAAAAUCCGAUUGGAGGUGGAUGGAAGACUCGUCGAGUUGCCUCAAGUCGAAGGGAUUAUUAUUCUGAAUAUUUUAAGUUGGGGCUCUGGGGCGAAUCCCUGGGGACCAGACACCAAGGUAGAUCAGUUUUAUACACCAAACCAUUGGGAUGGGAUCCUGGAAGUGGUUGGAGUCACGGGUGUGCUGCAUCUAGGACAAAUUCAGUCUAGUAUUCGAGGAGGGAUGAGGAUAGCCCAGGGAGGACAUAUAAAGAUUCAUUUGCAGUCUGAUAUACCAGUACAAGUGGACGGAGAGCCAUGGAUCCAGAGCGCAGGGGAUAUCGUAGUUUUAAAAUCAGCGUUGACGGUAAUCUUGGCGACGAUGCUGAAGAAGACCAAGGGUAAAAUGAAACGGCGUAACACAGAGUCCAGCAUGCAGCUGGCCCUUCAGGCGGCGCCAUCGGGCGAACCGGAACCGGAAGUUUUCUGAGUGACCGAACGUUCCUCGUGCAGACGGACGGAGGACGCAGCACGGCGUGAUCGCGGGCGAAACCGGCGGCACAGCUCUCUCACGCGCAGCAAACGUAAUCGGCCACGAAAAUCGUCCGUCUGAAACGGCCAGGAACGCACGAAAAAUGUUCACCUCGUCGAACAAACACAACCGACCCACGACGUGUACAAGAUCACCGAUGACGACACUCAACCCAACAAUGAGAAGAACGCAUGGGAGCUGCUCCAG